AGUACGUUGUGCAGCAAAGUCGUUCUAAGAAUGUGACAAGAGUGCUACAGAGCCUGAAUUUUGCCUAUCUUUAAGUAUUUACUCAUUAAAGAAUAGUAAGCAUUAAACGACAUUGAAUCACUUUUAGGAAAUUACUGAAUUUCACUGAAACUAAAUAGAUGCAGGUCCAACAAAAGCUUGAAACGUUUCGCACUGUUCGCCGCUCACGAUAUCGUAAGUCUCUGUGCUUUACACAAGCAAUGCGGGCACUGAGGAGACAUUUCAAACAAAAUAGUUAUGUCAAUUGCAUGGCUGCGCCUGCCCCCUCAUACAGGAGCCGUUUGAGCGCAUUAUUUGACGUGUUUAUAAAGACAAAAGCACGCAGAUGAAUAUCAUUUAACGAAUCGACAUUCGGUUGCGCGAACGCUGCUCAAACGACACCCAGUCACGCCAUCUAUCUGAUUGAACAUUCAACCUUUCUUAACAAUCACAACUUAUAACUUACUUAAGGUAAAACGGGAGCUCGAACGCAACUAACGAAGCGCGAUAACUCCGUCGGUAUGACGACGACAUUAAGCCGCCGGAUAAAUCGCGAAUGACGGAGCCAAUCGCACGUCAGCGCGGAAUCGCGGCGGCCAAUCGCGACGCGCCGCGACUAGGAUAGCGUGACCCGAACGCAAUCCGAUUCAAUUGGCAUUCGUUACCGCGAGAUGGCGGUCGCCGCGCGCACCAAUCGUCGCGUCCAUCUCGCUGUCGUGCCCAUAUAAUGAUCUUCACAGGGGCAGGAGAAUGAAGUUGAGCCUCUCAUUAAUUGGCGUUUUGAGCUGAGAUCGCUGCGCCAAAGAUAGGUUAAUUCCUCGCCCGCUCGAGAUCGUUGUCGUUCAAAAAGGAAGGUGAGGACGAGGAAUGGGGAAACGAGAGCGAGGCGAUGUCAGGAGAACCUCGCACGCCGAGCUCUGGGGGGGAGCGCGUCGCAUCGAGCGGUGGAGCCUCGCCGGUCUCUGAAGGGUCCACCGCCGCCUCUCCGCCGCGGCUGCGGCUCAACACGAGCCUGGCGACGGACCCGGCGCUCGCACCGCAGGCGACGCCGCUGAAGCGCGAGCCGCCCUCCCCGUCGCCGCCGCCGCCGCCGGUUCAAACUCCGAGAGAUUACUUGGCUCUCACUGCCGCAAACUUCCCGGCGCUGUUUCCCGCGACACCCCCCGGAUACAUGUGCCAACCUUGCGGAAUACGCUAUUCUUCACUAAGUACUCUUCAAGCUCACCAAGAACACUACUGUUCUAAACGAAGAACGAAACCCGACGGCACAGAGGCCACUUCGGAUGCCGGAGCCGACGAGUCGAGUGGGGACUCCAAAACGCCGCGACCCUUAGGCAAGCAGUACGCCUGCACGUAUUGUUCGUACAGUGCCGACAAAAAAGUUAGUUUGAAUCGACACAUGCGAAUGCAUUCCUCGUCACCCGUCAGCAGCAGUACUCCCGUACCGCCUCCGACGUCCAACGGAGAAUCCGUCGAAGGUCAACCGUCGCAGGACCGAUACUGUGCGGACUGCGACAUACAUUUCACCUCACUCAAAACCUAUCGGGCCCACAAAGCACACUACUGCAACACGCGGCAAGUCGUGAAACAGGCGCUGGCUGCAGCCAGAGCGGGCUCGGGCACGUCGGGGUCGGCGCCGCCGUCCCCCGGGGCGACUCCUCCUGCGCAAAACCAAUAUGCGUUGGCGCUACCUACGAAUCCCAUUCUCAUCGUCCCGUAUUCGAUAUUGAGGGGCGCCAGUACGCUACCGGGCACCACUCUCCCCGACCCAGAGACGCCGUGCUUUUUACUACCAAACGGAACAUUUCAGCCCAUCAGCAGAGCGUUACCAAAUUUAAAUACAGAGUUGAAGGAGCCCGAAGUUUUAAAAUCAGCGAACAGGCCGCGAGAGCCAUCUCGAGAUGUCACCACGCCGUUAGAUCUGAGCGUGCGACGGACUCCGGAGUCAGUGACGCCGGACGAACACGAAAAGGAGAACAGAAUGCGUUCGACGACUCCCGAGCAAAUAGUUUGCGCUCCGUCGUUGCCGGGCUCGCCUGGAACCCCAUCGCCGUCGAGGCGGUCUUCCUCGCCGAGCGGAGAGAGCUCACCCAAACGCAGUAGGAGAAGUUCGCGAGGUCCGACGCCGAAACCGCCGAGCAUACCUUCCCCACCGGAGGAAAAGAAUCCCUCGGUUGCGCCUCCACCGAUUCUACCUCCCGGUUUAGCGUUAAGAUUAGCUACAGAUCUGCCCGUGGCCACCGUACCGCCGCAAGUGUUGGUCAAGCAAGGAGUCUCACGAUGCAAAGAGUGCAACAUAGUGUUCUGCAAGUUCGAGAACUACCGCAUACACAAGCGGCACUACUGCUCAGCGGGGGGCGGGGAGGAGCGGGCAAGUCCGGCGCCCCCGGAGGCGGGCCCGCCGCCGCUGUACCGGCAGCUCAUCUGCCUGGCGUGCGGCAUCCACUUCAGCUCGUUCGACAACCUGACGACGCACCAGCAGUACUACUGCACGAAGCGCGAGACGCGCUCGCCGCGCGCGGCCGAGGCGCGGGCGGGCGCGGAGGGCGGCUGGAAGUGCCCGUGCUGCGACGUGGUGUCGCCCACGGCGGCGGCGGCGCAGCGGCACAUGGAGGCGCACGCGGGCGUCAAGGCGUUCCGCUGCACCAUCUGCCGCUACCGCGGGAACACGCUGCGCGGCAUGCGCACGCACAUCCGCAUGCACUUCCGGGAGAAGCCGGCCGACCUGCAGGAGGAGAACUACAUCUCAUGCGUAGUCGAAGAAGAGAGCCGAGAGACCACAUCCCCCGCACCAGCCGCAGGGGAGAGAGUCCACCAAUGCGGCUCCUGCGCUUACACCUCCACGUACCGGGGCAACGUGGUCCGGCACUCGCGUCUAGUCCACGCUACCGGGGACCCCGAACCAGAGGAACAGACGUCCCCCAUCCCUACCGUAGAUAUUAAAAAAGAACCGGACGCAGAGGAGGAAUCGCCAAACUUCUGCAAAUUCUGCAACAUACCCUUCAAGUACGGUAACUCGUACAAAGCUCACAAGCAGUACUACUGCAAGGCUAACCAGGAGGCUGCAGCCAACAACAACGUACCAGCGCGAGUCAAUGACGCUUCGGUGGUAUGAGACGGUCAACUAAAGUUGUCAGCGAUUUUGCUGUGAAAUUUAUUCAUAAAUAUUCUAAAAUUAAGUAGUUGACCAUACAAAAACGUUCGAAUUGGUCACUCAACGAUAUAAAUCUUUAGAUCUUAUUGCAUCGCAUCACCGUAUACGUAAAAGUUCAAAUUUAAAAAACUUGUCUCGAUUUCGGAUGUCAAUCACACUGCAUCUGCAAGUAUUUAGAAUCGAGAAUCCUCCGAUUAAGAUUCGAUCCACAGACUUGUGAUGUAGAGUGAAAAGUGUUGUUAUAAAUUAUAUUAAUUGUGUACCUAAAUUGAUGUAGAAUAAUAGGUCUCUUGGUUGAAAGAGGUAGAGAGACAUUCGAUAUCAAUGGGUUAUUUACAAAAACAAGCUGUGACAUACUCGUAAUAUAAUCAUUUAAAAAUUAUCGUCGAAUAUAGGUACAUUUAGAGAAAUUAUUUUAAAUGACCAUGAAGGUAACUUCCAAUUUCUAUAUUUUAACUUUCAGAAAUUUCACAACAAAAUCGCUGAUCUUUUAAACUUAAUUAGAUCUAAAAUUCUCAAACUUAGCUUCCUCUGCUUCCGAUUUCCAAAUGUUUAAAUAAGUAUCUCUUAUAUAUUAUAAUAUGAAACACGUUAUCGGAUAUUCGUGUUGUGUGCAAUAAUUUAACAAGUUAAAUAUUAAAAAGUAUGAUAUCGUUAAGAAAUUAACUGUACUGCAUAUCAAAGCCAAACCGAUGUUUUGACUCGAGUGAUCGAACUAGCUCACUGAGUGAGCUAAACAUAUGAAAUCUCGGCUAAUGUAAAUACAGCCCUAUUUAGUUUUUGUUACAACAUUAAUAUGUAAUUGUUAUUGUAAAUCAUUAAUUAUAUUAGUUGAAAAAAAAUUAAAAAAGUUAACCUUUUUCGUCAUUUGUAUUAGUAUACGUUAAAAUACCAAAUUGUAAAUAUAACUGUGUAAAGAUAUUACUGUCGCAUAUUACCUAUUAUUAUUAGAUAUUAAUUAAACAAAUAAACUAAAUUUUUAUUACCAUUUGUUCUAAGUGAUUGUUCUUACUUUGUUGUUAUUUGUAAUUUUUGUUUAUUAUUAAUAAUUAUUGAUGUAAUUAGGUAUUUACUGUUAGAUGAACUUCAUCAAAUUCUGCUAAACAAUCGAAUGCUCAUUCCGUAUAAUCAGCAAAGCGAUUUUAUCCGUUGACACCACAUAUGAUAGUUUAUUCCAAUUAAAAAGUUAUAAUUAAAGAUAAUUCAGUUUAAAUUUUCGCAAUCUAGAAUUAUUAAAAUGUCACUGGUUUUAUUAAAAUUACAUUAUCAAACUCAAAAUAGAUGGUGUCAUUAAAUAUUGUGAUUUUUGUACUAACACUGUUUCACCACUGGUUUUAAUUUUUGUUAUUGAAGAGUACCGAAACCUGCAGUUAAACAAUCUUCCCAAUAAAAAAAUAUCUCUAUAAAUAAAUCUAUUUUUUUUAAUCAGAAUUCGUUAAAGAUCUGUAAUUUAUUUUUAUUUAACUCUGUAUCGGUGUAAAUCCAAGUUCACGGAAAAUUAAAAAAGAAAUCAUCGAAACUUUUUUUAGUAAAUUUGUUUUGUGGUGAAAUAGAUAGUUAUAAAAUUCCAAAUGUUAUUUGUGCAGAAAAUUAUUUGUUCAAUUAAAAAGUUAACGAUAUUUAGAAACUUAAGAAAUUCAGCACUACAAUACAAUACAUAACGCGUUUAAGUAGUCAAUAAUGUAAAGACUUUUCUAUACCUAUUUAGGAAAAGUUACUAGAAUACAUAGACGUAAGGAAAUAGAUAGACGGAGCUAACACGUUGAAAAAAUAUAGCCGAUUUUAUGAUCACACGUAAAAGUCAGAAUAAUGACAAAUGCGACUGAAAUUCAUCACGAAGAAAGAUUUCCAUUAUUUCUUUCGUGACUUAAAAUACAAGAUUUCCAUCCAAAAACGUGAUAAAAUACAAAAAACAACACAUGCCAAUGCACAAUUCGACGAAUUGUGAAAUAUUUAAUUUGUCGUUUUAAGUCGUUUAGCCUUUCGUUGACACGUCUAUUAUUUUCCUUAUGUCUGUGACAAAAUAUUGAAAGUUCACGCAAAAUACCAUGUUUUGUCAAUGCCAAAGCAUCGCUAGAUUAUUGUAAUUUGCAUUUAUAGGUAUCUCACUAAUUAUAAUUGUAGUAUUAAGUGAAUACAAGACUUAUUCCGUAGCUAUAUACCUACCUACAUUAUUGAUAUAAUAAAAACCAAGAUAUGCAGGACUCUAUAUCAAGGUACAUUGAAAGAAGGUACCUAAUAUCUGUACAAGAAUCUUUUGAAAAAAGUACUAUUGUAAAGCUGCAUUACUUUGUUUCGAUUUUAUGAGAAUCUUUUAACACUAUAAUCCAAAAAUAAAUGUUGCUUUAUGAGAGCCAUGAUUUUCUUUAUAUGACAGAAAUAUAAAAUGUCCAAGUUGCUUAACAAUUAAAAGAUGAUUUUUUUUCAUCUAUUAUAUAAUAAUAAUUUAUCCGCUAUAUAUUAUGUGUAUCUAUUUUUGUCCUUGCUCCACUGAGUAUUGCGUAUCUUGGUUAUUAUUGAAAAUAAAAUGUGUGUAAUAUUGUGUUUGUAAAACUUUGGAAUAAGUCUCGAAUCGUAAAACUUUCGGGUGAUAGUGGCCGUAACUGUUGUUUAAAUUAGUGCUAAUUCGGUUGUUAAAGUGACAGACAGUAACGUUAAAACCAUAUUUUGUGAAGUAUCUCGUGUUGUUCUUUUCUACGGACAAUAGUAGGAAAAAGAUGGCACUACUUUUAGGAAUGUCACUUUUAUGAUUGAGUACAACCGAACUAACAUUUAAUCCGAUUGUGAAAAUGGUGAUUUAUAAAGUUGUAGACAAAUCAUGAUAUUUACCUACCUACUCUAAUUGCUGUCAAGAUUGACAGUUCUUCAAUUAAACAAUUGGCAGUAUUGAUAAUGAGCAAAACUAAUGAUAGUAUAUUAUUGUGAAACACUGAAUGUUUGACUACCCAAAGUAUUGGGUCCAAAUACAUUUCAAAUUCUCACGAAUUUGCAAAAUACUCUAUGAAAAAAUGUUUUGUCUACGACUUUAAUAAUCCUUCCUAAUAUAAAACGUAUCAUGACAUUAUUUGUAUACCCUCAACAAGCAUCUGAUGUGACGUGCCAUAAUCAGUGUUUAAUUAAAAAGAAAACAUCUAGUUAUAUUAAGGUGAUAUUCUCGAAUAAAAUUAUUGCUAAAUUAUAUCACAAUGUUGAUACGAUCUUCAAUAGAAAUUGUGCUUGUCUAGGUUUUUGUGCAUCUAUGAAUGAACUGUGAAUGAGCUUGUAAUCAAUUGAACAAAGAUAGUUCAGCGGGUCUAUUACGUAUAUCAAUGUACCAUUCAAUUAAUGAGUCAUCAUUUUUGAUCGUAUUAAAAAGAAAAAGUUAUUUCGAUUAAAUAAUCUUGACUGCACCGUUCAGCUCAUAUCAACUUGUAAUGAUUUUUAGUUUCUACAAUAAUCUAACAUGAUAAUUUCAACGGAAUUACAUAAAUACUAUUUUUUGUUAUAAUAACGUUAGUAUGGGCUACUUCCACGACUAGGUAUUAUAUUUUACUUUACUUAAAAUGACUGUAAUUAUGUCAUUACGUUGAAAACACAUGUUAGAAAAACGAUGUAGGUAGUGAUUGAUUGUUUGAAUGGUACACCGAGUUACAUAAUAACCCUGCAGGAAGUGAUUGCGAGUGGCUCAUUGAUAGAUGUAAACGGACCCUUAGGAGCAUUGGCUAAAGAUGACGAAUCAAAACGUGCGAGUGAGAAGUGGAUAGAUGCACUGUCAUUUCUAAACUUUCUUUAUCCGCAAGGGUAGUAUAUAAGCCUGUAAUGGCGAGACCUUCGUCAUUUUAAGAUGCAAGUUUGUCAGCUCGUGCUCCUACCUUAUGUAAGUACGGUAGGUAACUAUCAAGUUUGGGCAGUGGUGGCUUUGGGAGGCAAGUUUUAAGGAACCAUAACUUCUUUUGUCAAAAUAUAAAAUACAUUUUGUUAUAAGUAUUAUUUACUACGGGAUAAUAUGAUGAGAAAUCAUAUCCCUCGCUAACAUCUCGAUAGAGAUUAAGUGUCUCUAGCGAGAUGUUGGCGGGGGUCGCCAACCUUACUGUAAUAUAUAGUAUUGUACUAUAUUUCGGGUCAGCCUACUUUACGCUGUUAAAGAAAUACGCAAAAAUACUAAGUAUAUUUCCAAACAUACAAAUUUUCAUUUUAAAACUUUAUGAACUUUAAUAAUGUUUCUGACAUAAUUAACAAAUUAAAACAAAAUAGCAUUAAAUGUGAAAAAGCAAAAAUGCAACGAGUGUCAAUAAAUAUAGUUUUUUGAAUAAAUGUAAAUUUUUUGCUUGUUCCAUAAAAUAUUAUAUUUUCUAAAAAAAAAAAAAAAUUGGCAACCCUGUCUUUAACGGUGUUUGUUUACCACGUAGUUCAGUGAUUAGCGACUGGAGACAUCAUUUCAUUUAAUAAGCUAAAAAAAUACAUAUAAAUAGGAGAGUCUAGAGCCUUGAAAACUACUAACUCCCAAAGGUACCACAGUCCCAAUCCCAAGUUGCCUACCGUAGUUACACGAAAAUCGUUAGUAUAUAAAUUGUACGCCACGUAAAAUAAUUGUAACCAUAGAGAUGUUAUAAAGUGAUACAUACUGAAUACGUGAUGUACUACAUUGAUAUUGUAUAAUACGCAAGACAAUAAAUUAUUAUUUAUCACAUA